GAAGAGAAUCAAAAGAGCCAAGAAGAGAAGAAAAAGAGCCAAAGAAGCAUCCGAUCGAUGCGGACUGCGGAGAUGUCUUCUGCUUCAGCCUCUCGAGCUGCGAGCCGAAGCGUCGACAUCAACUACAGUGAUGCAGACCACCAGCUCCAGCGCUCGCUCCAGUCACGCAGCCGUUCGCCCAAUGCCCGCAGCACCAGCUAUUCAUCUUACUCCCGGCAACAAGAAUGGAGCGCUAGUCACAGCAGCAUUGAGCCCGACUCCUUCUCUGAAGUAUCAGGCCAAUUUGACGAUGCAGACGAGCCAGAAUGUUUGCCUAAUGAGCACAAGGGCGUAGCGGUCCGUGUGGAUGUGACGACCGAUUGCUCUCCGUCUUCGCAUUCAGUCAAGAGGCGACGAUCGAAUGAUUGGCCGCGGCGGUCUGUGGAAAGAGAGAUCGAGGCGGCUGGGCGAAGGGAAGAACAGCAGCAUCAGUAUGCUUCUGGAGCCCGUCAGCGGUGGUUCAGUCAUUACGGAAGGCAUGCCUCGCCGGGAUCACGAUCACGAUCACCGAGACGAGCACGGCCUGGGCGCAGGUCUCGCUUUGUCGAGGGCCAUAUGGCCGAUACCGUGAGCGAGAAGCCGCCUAGUAUCUUCUUUCCGGAUGAAGCGCGCAAUGAGACCACCGCUCGCGGUGCGUCCACAAAUCGCGGCGCGGGAAUCUUUCGCUUCGGCAAAGCCAUUGCGUCCGCAUUCAAUCCGUUUGGUGGUUGGGGCAGCGUAUCCGAGUUCUGGAAGGGCUCUCACACUCAGGAUGACAACCGGGUGCAGGAGCGUGCGAAUGACCGGCUCAGACAGGCAGAGAUGGCGUACGAGGAACUCAAACGGUCUGGAUACCAAGGUACUGUUAAGGGGAGAUAUCUCCAAAGCCUUGGGACUGGAACGGGAGGAGCCAGCUGUCCGGAUCAGACGUGGAAGUCUAUUCAAGAGAAGAUGGAGUACGGGGGCGCCGGUAACAGUGGCUUCGGCCAUCAUCCUCGACAGAGCUCCAGUCAAACUGCGACCACCCGUGACGCUAAUAAUGGGAGCUCGCUGCGUCCGAUAUUACCGGAUUUACGGAAAGCCAAGUCAUCGCUAGCGAUCCCUUCGAUCAAGAAACAAGACGGCAUGUCGUCUCUCCUGCAACAUAUCGAUAAUCGUGACCCGGAAGUUCGGCGCCAGAAGUCUCGCAAGGACAUGCAGCGGCAGGCUAAGCUCUUGAAGCGAGUCAGUAACCUGGAGGAUAAGCUUGAACGGGCAAAGCGAGAGCUGCGAGAACUCGCGGGCGAGGAAGAGCUAUUGCUGCGCAGCAGUCUCAACGAGGAAAGACCGUAUCAGCGGAGAUUUGUCCCAGGCAAAUUGCCCUCACUACCUUCGGAAAGACUUCUUCAGGACUCUCAACCGGCAAUGCUACCAGUAAACACACUCCAGAUCCCCGAGCCCGAAGACCAAUCUCAAAUAUUUUUGAGGAAAACGCGCAUAAAACCACCUAAACCAUGGCGCAGAGCGUCUGAAUCUAGGUCUAUUUCCGCCCGCAGCGCAUCCCGCAAACGCAAAUCGCCGGACCCCGAAUCGAGAAAGGAACAAGAUCUGUCCGAUCCGCAACAACAGUGCCCACCCCUACCACAGACCGACGGCCAACAACUGCAGGAUAAGAAUACGAAUCCAACCACAGGCCAUACAGAAGCAAAACCAACCCCAGAACCGGCGGAGGAGGUCACAAUAAAAACCCCUUCUCGAAAGCCAAAACUCCCUAAGAAUGCCCGCAGCGAUAGCCCUGGGUCCGUGGAGCAGAAACAGAAACAGAGACAAAGCCCAGCGGCCGAGAACAAUCCCAGCACAUCCCCGGCUGCAGAUCGAGCGUCACCGCCGGCAUCGGUAAGUCGACCGCUGCGAUCUACGACACGCAAUCGCUCCGUCACUCCAGUUCUACGUAUGAAACGAGGUCGUGGAGAUCUACGCUCCACGACAUCGCCGGCGCACGGGCAUGGCCGUGGCCGUAGUCCUGGACCUAGUUUUGGCGACGACAAAGAGAAUCAACAUUGUGAUGGGCUAGGGGGCGACGAGCACCCCAACGGUAUCGUUAAGAAACUAGGACAGCAGCCACAGCAGCAAGACAUCAAAACUGGUCAACAUGACGAAUCUGCAACGCCAAGCUCCGCCCCAAUGUCUACCAGGAGAAAAGCGCGGUACGAGUAUAUCCCGCCAGUGCCUCCGCUACCCAAAGACUUGGCUGCGACAGCGGCGAAGGUUGAUCGUCGUUUAGCCAGAGAAAUGGGGAAGAGAAAGGAACAGAUGGAGAGAGAUGGAAAGACUGUUAAAAAGGGUACUGACGGGUUUCAGUGGCCUGAGGAGUUUUUCUGA